AGUGCACAGCACUAGAUGUCGCUAUUAACCAAGUUAUUGAGUGUGGCAUCAUGAGAAAGUUCUCUCCAUGGGCCCCUAACAAAAAAAAUGUUAUUUACCUUGCAGAAAGAUUAAUAAUCCUGUCAUUUAAAAUGCUUGGCAUGUGUAUUUUUUUUAAUAUCCUUUUGUCCUUCAGGCCUGGUAUGUAUGGGUGGCAUGAUCAUGUAUGCCUCCAACUUGUAUUACAAUGCUUAAAUAAAUAUAUUGUUCUGCAGGUACAACGUUUGCUGUUGAGCAGUCUACCCGUCAUGUAUGUAGCCUAUUUAUCCAUCAUGACAUAAAAAAACAAUCUUGCAGUUUGUCCGUGUUGUCUGGUAAAUUUAAUUGGUAGGCUUACUGAGACACAAAGUGUGCAAUGCGUUUCUGUUUAUGAACUCUGCUAUUGCGGACCCCCACACGUAUGCGAAAUAGACAGUAGGCACUUAUUUUUCUCCGCGCAACGAUUGGUCAGCCAUUACCAUCUGUAGCCAAUCGGCACAAUGUUGCUAUGCUGUAAUGUUACAUUGAUUGGUUCCCUUGACUGUCAGUCUGCCUCAGACGGGUACUGUCUUUGCGCAAUAACAUCAACUCAAGCGGUGCGCUCAGUAUCGGAUGGACCUCCUUCGUUACUUAUUGAGCAUUGAAGUCAACUCGUAGAAGCAAACCUUAACCCUCUAAACUGAAUGAGAAGGAUUUGCCACUUAAAGAUGUGAUCGGCAAAGCACUAGAGGCGACGAUUGAAUUUUCUCUAUCCAAAGGUGUGUGCCUCCCGCCCCACGCCCCACCACGGCCCUCACCUGUGUGUUGCGGUGCUUCCCCUGCGAACCGUCCUGGGCUGGAAGCCCUUUCUUGCACCGCCCCACCACCCCACCCAGCAACAGCAACGCCGUUGCCCCUGCAACUACCACCGUCUCCCAGGCAAGUAUCAUCAUGACGCGCUCCAAGACCUUCCAGGCCUACCUGCCCAACUGCCACCGCACCUACAGCUGCAUCCACUGUCGAGCACACCUGGCCAACCAUGACGAGCUCAUCUCCAAGUCUUUCCAAGGAAGUCAAGGCCGAGCGUACCUGUUCAACUCAGUGGUGAACGUGGGGUGUGGACUAGCAGAAGAGAGGGUUCUGUUGACAGGGCUUCAUGCAGUUGCUGAUAUCUACUGUGAAAACUGUAAAACCACACUGGGCUGGAAAUACGAGCAUGCCUUUGAGAGCAGUCAGAAGUACAAGGAGGGGAAGUUCAUUAUUGAGCUGGCCCACAUGAUCAAGGACAAUGGCUGGGACUGAGUGGGCAGACCUAGAGUGUUGGAGAGGCGUGGCUUAGCUGUAGGGCACAGCUCAGUGUUGGACUCACCAAUAAGGUUUACUGCUAGCUCAUCCACGUGACCCUAUCCACCUGACAUGCAGUUUAUGUACCCCCACAAUACAUAGGUGUAAGGGCGUGUGUGUGCAUGUGUGCUUGUGUGUUUACAAGAAUGAUAAAUCAUUUCCAGUGUACAGAAUAUACAGAAAUGCACACACGCACACACACAGUGGCUCAGAGACAUGUUUGUAUUCACACUGCAUGUUGAUGCUUGUCCCAGGCCUCAGGGUGGACAGGAGACCACAGGUUAAGUGUUAUAGGUCAUAGGUAAUGGUCUAUCUGGGGGGUGAAUGAGAUGGACAAUGAACAGCGUACUGGACAGACAAGGAUGUUCCCCCAAGACCCACCAACACUACAAUGAGGUGAAAAUAUGUUUUUUUUUUUUUUUACCUACGAUCACCCUCACUACCCUAUGUGGAUCCUUCCACCUUCACACACACAUGGAUGACACAAACCACCCAACCAAUCAACCAGAAUCACCAGACUUCUUGUAGCCUGAAAUCGUCCAAAACUCCCUUUGAGGGAUUGAAACUGAUUGUCAGAAAACUGCUUGACUGUUCAUCUGGAAAAAUACAUAUUUUGCUGUUCUUUGUCUUUUUAAUUUAUUCAAGCAUGAGUUUAAGUUAUUGAUUUAUUUAUGAAUUUAUUUGGUGUUUGGGGACAAUCUCCCCUUCUACUCCCUUUGUUCAAAGGAAGCAGCUUUUUAGUUCCUCCCUCACCCCUCAAUUCCAAUCAAUGGUAGCAAUCUUAAAAAUGAGGUGUCACUCAAGUUGUAUCCUUUUGCCUUUCUGAGUGUGCUGUUACCACCCUCUGUAAAUGUUUCAGUAAUGGUGAUGUGUACAAUGAACAGUGGCGGAGUGCAAGAGGUUUUCAUGUCACCUUGGAAAAGAGACAGAAUAAAAGUUAGAUGGCACCCUUAGCUCUUUUCGGUUUCAAAAUAAUGCUCAAAGCUGGCAUUAUAACGGUGAUGCAAACUGAUGAUGAAAUGAGGCAAGUGGAGAGCCUUGUGUCUCGACACUGAUCUAAAGUUAGUGUUGUGUUUCCCCCCUAGUGGUUGAGGUGACGAUAUGGAGAGAGUUACCUGAUUCUAGAUCUAUUUAUAUAGCUAAUUCUGGAGCUUCACAGAUUGAUGUUUGUGAACUGGUAGUUCUCUGUUUACCUGGUUCUGCCUCCUCCACUGCCUCCUUGCUUAUAUGUGAUUUUACGAGAUUAGAGAAAAUACCAACAGUUAAAAUUUACUUUCUACAGUCUGGAACAGGAGAACCAAUUGAAAUCAACAGAAUGUGACUGACAGUGGAAAUACCCAAUCAGAGGGUGUCACACAUCCCAGCACAACAACCAAAGGCUCUCCCAUCAAUAAUACAUUAACCAAACAAUGGACCUGCCUAGAUUGCUUGUAUCAGGAAGUUGCAGAGUGAAAGAUUGUGAUUGGCCCAGAGCCACUGUCGAACCCUGGGCUUUCUCUGUGAGAUAAUGCAUUGUUUGGUUGAGACAAUUACAAUGUUAAUACCUAUAUAUUCACUAUGAACAUAAGCAUUAUUAUUAUAUAACGAUAAACUGUAUUACACCAUGUAAAUAGCCAUAUUCAAUGUUUUAUUUAUUUAUUCAAUUGAUGAUUAUGUAUGCUCUGCUGUCUGUCUUGGGACACCUUGUGGGACGGUUAGAUUUCCUACUUUUUUACUAUUUGAAAAUGUAUUUUUUGUGUGUCUUUUGUAAAGGAAGGAAAGCUAAUGGCAAUAUAUGGGACUCAAUAAAGAUUCUUAUUUGAUUGAUCUGAA